AUGGUGAUAAGAACCUUACACUGGACCGUGCCCCAUUACUGGGUUUGGGGGCUCCCAUUCUUCUUGUUCUUCUCCACCAGAUCUUCCCAGUUCAUCCACCAACGUCCCAACCAGAACCUCCUCAGGGCCUUCCUCUGCCUCCUCCUUUCCCCACUGAGGCAUGCAGUUUCCAAGUUCAUAGAGUCGUACCUUCUCCACAAGCUCCCGCUCCAGAAGUACGGGCUGAAUCCGGACCACCCGUUCGUGGAAGACUACGCGUCCUGCCAGAUGGCCAUCACUCCCAACGACUUCUUCCCGGAGGCCGACAAGGGCAACAUCUUGUUCAAGAGAGCUUCCAAAUGGUCCUUCACCACCACCGGCCUCCACUUCCUCGACGACAACACUCGCCUCGACGCCGAUCUCGUCCUCCUCGCCACCGGCUACGAUGGCAAGAAGAAGCUCACCGACAUCAUCCCCGAGCCCUUCCGCAGCUUCCUCGAGUACCCUUCUGGUGUCAUGCCCUUGUACAGGUACGUACUUUUUUCAACGACUCGAAUUACUAGAUCAAAUGGUUUUUAACAUAGUAAUCUGAGCCUAUCACAAAAGUUUUCUGUUCUAAUCACAAUGACCCAUAUAUAUGUUCUGUUAAACACAUGAUAAAUUCGGACGUGUACAAACUUCAAGUCCAUAUUUUUCUCAACAACUUGAAUUACUGGAUCAAAUGAUUUUUAACAUGGUAAUCAGAACCUAUUUUUUGUGAGUGAGAGGUCGUCUAUUCAAAUUCCAAAGACACAUAUAUGUUCAGUCAAUCACAUGAUAUUCAGACCUAUACAAACUUCAAGUCCAUAUGAGUCUGCUUUCGUUUAAUCGUACUAAGUGUGCUGAUGGUGCAGGGGAACGAUCAACCCACUGAUACCGAACAUGGCCUUCGUGGGCUACAUCGAGAGCGUUGCGAAUCUCCACACCGCAGAGCUCCGCAGCAUCUGGCUGGCACGACUGGCGGACAAGAAGUUCAAGCUCCCCAAGGUGGAGAAGAUGUGCGAGCAUAUAUCGCAGGAGAUCGAGAUCAUGAAGAAGACGACGAGGUUUUACCAGAGGCACUGCAUCUCCACUUACAGCAUCAAUCACAGCGAUGAGAUCUGUGAAGAAAUGGGGUUGAGCUCUUGGAGGAAGAACUCCUUUCUGGCUGAGGCGCUGAGCCCUUAUGGCAGCCAGGACUACAAACAUAUGGAGUGA